AUGAAAUUCUACAAAAUUGCUUCUUUUGCUUUUCUUGCUUUGUUAUCACAAGCUGCUGUUGCUCAAUAUGAUUUAGAAACCAAAAGAGAUGUUGUCGCUGCCAAUGCUGAUGGUACUGUUGGUUUCAACUUAGUUGAUAAAAGAGAAGUUACUGAAGGAGAAAUUUCUAAAAGAUUUGCUGAACUUCUCCUUAUUCCAAUUAUUUUGGUUGCCAUCAAACAUGCUUUACCUGAAAUUAUCAAGGUUGCAAGUGCCCUUUUGGAACAUUUGCCUGAUAGCGGAAGUGUUAGUGUCAAUGCUACUUUGCUUGCUGAGAUCAGUGCUGGUCAUGAACCAGAUUUGAUUAAUCAAAUUGUUAAUCAAGUUUCAAACAACCUUCCUCAAGCAAUUACCACUGUUCAACAACAACAACAACAACAGCAAUCUCAAAAGGUCAAGAGAGACACCAUUGGUGAUAUUGUUAACGAAAUCAUUGCUGAAGGAGAAGUUCUCGCUCCAGAAGUUGUUGCAUUCCUUGAAAAGGUUCUUCCACAAGUUGUUGAUGCUCUUUUGAGACUUGCUCCAGCUCUUCUUGGCGGUCUCGCUUAG